AUGAACAGCCCUUGUGCUACUCCGUCCACAACAACGGCUCCCUUGAUCCCAGACAAGAUCUUGCCAAACCUGUACCUGUCAGACAUUCACACUGCUGCCGCAGUCCUGAGCCCCAACUACCAAGCUCCAAAUCGGCCCAGGAUCAAGUAUGUUCUCUCGGUCAUCGACAACCCGGCCAAGCAGCCCAAAGUGCCUCCAGGACAUGAGGCGGAAUUUGUCCUCAAGAUGAUCAAUCUCCGGGACAACGGCAACUACGACUUGCUGCAGGUUUUGGGUGAGGCAUGCACUUUCAUCAAGGCUGGUCUCCAAAACAACGAUGGCGGUGUCCUUGUCCAUUGCCAGAAAGGCGUGUCACGGUCCGUCGCUGUUGUGAUAGGGUUCAUCAUGGAAGAAAUGGACCUCGACUACGAUACGGCAUUCCGGUAUGUUCGUGGUGGUCGCUCCAAGGCGAAACCGAACUCUGGAUUUCAGAAGCAGUUGGAGCUGUGGGGCCAGCUGCGCUACAGCAUUCACGACGCCGACGGCAACGAGAAGCCAGAGUACACGGCAUGGAAAGCAGACAACGAAGAGCAGAUUAAGAAGUUGGGGUCCAAAUGGACUGGCUAG